GAAGUUCGCCGUCGCCGGAACUCAUGGAUCGACCACCGUCGUUUCCACACUAUCAAAUCCCUAAUCCGAGCUUGUUCCAUCACGUUCCUCCUCCAAACCCGAAUCCUAAUUUCUUCUUCUGACCUCCUCCAGCUCAUCUUCAAAAUCCUAACAAUUACUCCAUCGCCGCCGAUUCGCGAGCUCUCCGGUGGUCCGAUUGCUGAAGAAACUACUUUAGUAGGGCUUACAUUUGGUUGAUAUCUUCACUCCAAGGUAAUAUUUUUAGCAACGGUGUCUUGGCUUUAGUACCAUUUAGAGCUUUUUUGUUGUUUUAUGGCAGUCAAAGUAAUCCAAAUAAUUGACAUUUUCAUGUUGAAUAAUACACAGAUUAAAUGCCUCCACAAAUCUGAGCGAUCGGAGCUGAUGAUGGAUCUAACUGUCGAGAUUGAUGGGAAGCCUCGAAGAAGCACUUGCUCAAUAUACAGCCUACGAAGUCCUAGAUGGAGAGAAUCGGUACUUCUGUGGCAGGAUUGCUUGGUUGGUUGGUUGGGCACUGGUGUUGGAUUAUACAAUUGGUGGAUCAGCCAUUGCCCGUCCCAUAACUCCAAAUCUGGCAUCUUUUUUUGGAGGUUUGGACAAACUUCCUGUGUUCUUAGCUCGACAAACUAUACCCGGGGUUGGUAUUGUGGUUGAUCCAUGUGCAGCAUUUUUGAUUAUGAUUGUCACGAUACUACUAUGUUUUGGGAUAAAGGAGAGUUCAUUAGUACAAGCAAUCGUAACAUCAGUGAAUGUUUUCACCUUGUUUUUAAUCAUAGUAGUUGGUGGACAUUUAGCUUGCAAGACUGGAUGGGUUGGAUAUGAUCUUCCGAGUGGGUAUUUUCCUUUUGGAUUAAAUGGGACACUUGCCGGAUCUGCUGUAGUAUUUUUCUCAUACAUUGGAGUUGAUACUGUAACUAGUACGGUUGAGGAGGUACAUCUUAACCACUGGGGCAGUAACUGCUCUAUGCGCGAGUUUGUUGGGUUCCCUUCUGGCUCAGCAGCUUCCCAUACACAUUUGGAUGAGCUAUCAAGACAAUGUGCCCUUGUAGAAUCAACCCAGGGUCUGCAGCUGCAAACCGAGCUAGAAAUAUUGACUGACACAGGAUUUAAGAAACUUCUGUUUCUGAAAACUGUGCAAGACUAUGGCACCACGAAUUGUCAUGACAUGGCUAGGGAUGGAUUGUUGCCGGCUUUCUUUUCAGAAAUUAGCCCACGAACUCAAGUACCAGUGAAAAGCACAAUAGCUAUUGGUGUGCUUGCCGCUGCACUCACAGUUGUCCGAGAUGGCACUCUAAUGGCUAUCACUGUCGUUGCAGCCUGUGUGCUAGUUCUUAGAUAUGUGCCACCAGAUGGAGUUCCCCUAUCAUCACAUUGGUCACUACUAGAAUCGGUUAUGGUUCUCCCAAACUCAUACAAUGACCAUGGAGCUGCGCUUGGGGAGAAGGAACCUUUGGGUGGCCAUAUGAGCUCUUUUGUCUGCCCUCAGAAUCAUGUUUUCGGUGGUGGAGUCACUGAUUCUGGUAUCGAACCUCGCAGAGCAUCUAAGUUCUGCCAACUGCUUUUGAAAGUGCCAGCCUUUCUUCUAUCAAAUCCUUUAAUCAGAGCAUGGUUCUUGGAUUUGAAGACCAAACAGCUUCUGAGGGAAUCUCACCUGACAAGCCAUUGUUAUUCUCAAGCUCAAGGGUUUCAAGAUUUGAUAGAUUCUGAAAUUCCACCAGAUAACUUGUUCAUGCUCAAAGACAGAGUUGAUAGAUUGACUAACUUCUCGAUACCGUCCGGAAUCUCAAAAGACAAUGAAUUGUUCUGGAGAUCAAACGUUUCAAGCUUAGUCAACUGUGAUACAGACAAUGGUAUAGAACCACUGAACGUGUUCUGCCUCAAUGUCAGCCUCCGCAGUUUGGCAAGACUACCUUGUAACACAAUAAAGAAUCUUUCCCUUGAUGAAAUUCUCACACAAGAUCAGUUCCUGCAGAUUCUUGAGCUCUUUGAUGGGCUCACAAACCCAUCUCCAGGAAUCUCUCCUUAUAUGAAAUUAGACGAGAUAUCGAGCGUCACAAGAGAGCUUAUACUCAGAACCGGUCUCAGAAUGCUUGAACUCACUGAGCCAGAGAAGACAAGAGAGUGCAGAUUCAGGUCUAUCACUUCUCUGCAAUUGUAUUUGGUCUUGUGGACAAGAGAAAGAUAUUUGUGGAAUGAAGAAGACGAAGAACAAGAGGAAGUAAAGGCUCAGCUUGGUCAUACCUCUGUGGAUACUCAGGCAACACCCCGCAAGGUUACUUCGUUGAAGGCGAAGAUUGUAGCUGUUUCUGCAGCUUCUGCAGCAAACAAACAUACCGCCGUAGUUUCUGAGUGCGGUGAAGUUUUCACUUGGGGAUGCAACAAGGAAGGUCAGCUUGGUUAUGGAACCUCCAACUCAGCCUCAAACUAUUCUCCAAGAUUGGUUGAUUACUUGAAAGGAAAAGUGUUCACGGCUAUUACAUCUUCAAAAUAUCACUCUAGUGUUGCGAGACGAUGGAGAGGUGUACACCUGGGGUCAUCGGCUGGUGACUCCAAGGCGUGUUAUUAUUUCCCGGAAUUUAAAGAAAGCUGGGAACACACUGAUGGCAAAACCUUGUUGGAUAUGACGAUGAUUAGUGGGUUCCCCAAACAAUCAGACUUUGUCUUACUCUCGCAGAAGAAAGAUAAUCCACCCGAUUCGCUGAGAAGCAAGAAAAUUGCAACGGCAGCAAACAAGAGGAAGAACAGAAAGGGUGGACUUUUCAUGUUCUUGACUGGUGCUCUAAGUGAUAUCCCUAAACCUGUUGUUGCUCCUCCACCAAAGCCUAAGAUUGAAGGUCCUGUGUGGGGUGGAGCUAAGAUUUCUAAAGGAUUAUCUUCCCUCCGGGAUAUUCACGACGAACAAAGCAAGGCCCGGCCUCAUGAACCUAUUAGGACUACUAAAAAUCAGUCAGGCGAUGAUUCUUCUGGUAAAACUGAAGGAAAGAUAUUACUGAGUUCCUUCUUGACUUCGAAGCCGAUGCCGAUGGAACCAGCCAAAAGUUUGCAGAAAUCUGAUGUUGAAAGAGGAACUCCUCCUUGGGCUUCCUCUGAAACUCCUCGUAACCUGUCUCGACCUUCUCUCAGAGAUAUCCAGAUGCAGGAGGUGAAGAAGCAACAGUCUCUGUCCCACAGUCCAAAGACAAAAACAUCAGGCUUCACAGUCGCAACCGGGCAAGGAUCUCCAUCAGAUUCGCCUGGAACUAAUCGCUGGUUCAAACCAGAGAUAGAUGCUCCAUCACCAAUACGAUCAAUCCAGAUAGAAGAAAAAGCCAUGAAGGAUCUGCGCCGCUUCUACAGCAGCGUGAAGAUUUCUCAAACUUUGAGUGAUACCGAUGAAAGUGGAUCUGAAACUGAAAAUUUUCUUGUGGAUGCUAUAGAAUCUUCUGAUUCCCCUCUACUUGGCAAUGAAACUGCACGAGAUGAAAAGUAUUUUGGAAAGAGAAGAAAAAUUGCGUCCUGGAGUAUAGCUCUUGUGUGCAUAGGUGUGCUAGGUCUUGCUUCAGCAGCUUCAGCUGAGCGUCUUCCAAGUUUUCCUCGGUUCACUAUAUGUGGUGUCAGUGCCGUCAUCUUGCUUGGCAGUUUGAUUACUCUUGGCUACAUCGACGAGGAUGAAGAAAGGCACAACUUUGGACACAAAGGAGGGUUUCUCUGCCCAUUCGUCCCAUACCUUCCAGUUCUUUGCAUAUUGAUCAACACCUACUUGAUCAUCAACAUUGGAGCUGGGACAUGGAUCAGGGUCUUGGUAUGGCUACUUAUUGGAAGCAUGAUCUAUCUCUUCUAUGGCCGAUCUCACAGCUUACUGAACAAUGCGGUUUGCGUUCCAAGGACGACUUGUACCAGAAAAACAACAGAUCAUCUUGCUUAAGAUUGGUGGUUCAAUGCAGCAGCUGAAGGGAGUCGAGCUCAAGCUUUGUUGUUGCUGAAGUAGCAUCUAAAGAGAAUUAAACAGUUUGGCACAAG